UGUGUACGCUUUUUGUGUUUUAUUUGACAGUAUUUGUUUUUUAUCAUCUGAGUUCAUUCAUGUUAACUGACACAUGGUUAUGAAAAAUAUUUAUUGUUCCGCCAAGAAGACCGUAAAAAGCAGUUUCUUUGACGUCAUUUGAGCGUCUCCUUUGGGGCUCCGCCUUGAACUUCUAAUCCACCAAUGAGUGAUCGGGAAACUGUGAGUGCGGAAGCAAACCCGGAAACUUCACAAAUCAAAACAAAACAAGACACGUCGGCUCUGUCACGCUACAGUCCACUUUUAGCUGGGCUUGAAUUAAAUGCAUUCCAGUGGAUCUGAAGCCGCAGAAUUACUCAGUUUGUUUAAAAAAUCGUUUACAUCCCUCCGACUAUCGCUCUUAAAAGUAUAAAUGGAGACGGACAAAGGUGUGGUUUUGGCAACAGAGAGAUAUGGCAGUGCAGAAUCCUGGAAGUAUGUAUCAAAAGAUGGAGUGAUGGAGAGGAGAAGAGAUGGGAGUGAAGGUCACUCAGGAGGAAACUCGGUUUUUGGAGUUUUUAAAAGCGUCUUUCUGCCUCAAGGUUAUCCAGAGAGUGUGAGUGAUGAUUAUCUGCAGUACCAGUUCUGGGAUACAAUGCAGGCCUUCUCCAGCUCUCUGUCAGGGACUCUCGCCACUCAGGCUUCCCUCAGAGGUGUUGGUGUUGGAAACCAGGAGGCCACCGUAGCUGCAGCCACUGUUACCUGGUUAUUAAAAGAUGGGACUGGCAUGUUGGGAAGAAUCCUCUUCGCUUGGCGGAAAGGGAGUAAGCUGGACUCCGAAGCAAAAAAGUGGAGACUUUUUGCUGAUGUGCUCAAUGACAUUGCCAUGUUCAUGGAAAUAUUGGCUCCUUACUUUCCUGCUUGCUUCACCUUCAUUGUGUGCACUGCAGGGAUAUUCAAGUCUAUUGUUGGAGUGGCAGGUGGUGCGACCAGAGCGGCUCUCACUGUUCAUCAGGCCCGCAGAGACAACAUGGCUGACAUCUCUGCCAAAGACGGCAGUCAGGAGACUUUAGUGAAUCUGGCGGGACUGCUGGUCAGUCUGAUACUCAUUCCUCUCGUCACUGAUAAUCCAGUAUUGACUCUCUGCCUCUUCUUCCUCUUAUUCCUCCUCCUGCCACAGUUUGUGUAUUCCAGAUGUGAGCCACUGGUCUGUUAUAUGUUGAAGUUAAAAACACUUCGGAAACAUGUGAUACAACUAAAAGGAAUUUCAUUAUCGUUCUGCUCAUUUUGCAGCCCAGAAGAUCUUGAGUUGGCUCUGAAGGAAAACAGCAUGCCUUACCUGUUAGGAGUCAGAAAUGGCUGUGUAUGUGUUUGUUUGGGACCAGAAGCUUCAGUGAGUGACGAAAUCAGAGCAAUGUGCCAGGCGGUAGUACUCAGCAACAUGCUGAGCUCGUCAAACUCCAGAGAAGCUACAGGGGCUGCACCGAAACAGCAAAAAGGUCACUGGGAAAUGGUGCACAAGAGUCACAAGCUGAUGGAUGCCAUUUUCAAUCCAUUACUUAAGGGUGCUGAAGCUGCAGGAUGGGACAUGAAACGAACCCUGAUCGACUGGGAUGAGUGGAGAGUCGAGUGGAAAACAAAAAGCAGCUGAGAAGCUUUAAAUAAACAAAGGUG